AUGUUCCCGACCUCCGAGUCUUGCUUGGCUCCCCUGUCCUUUCACACCAACGACAUGGCCGAGCUGGCUCUGACCGACGUGGACGGCGAUGUCCUGGUCGAUAUCUUCCUGCAGCUCUCGGUGAAGGACCUCCUCAGGGUGCGGCAGACCUGCAGGUAUCUGUACGACCUCACUCACACCAAGAAUGUCUGGGUCCAUAUCCUCCGUCGUGACCUCAUAUCGGCCCGUCUACCUUUUCCCUCGUGCUGCAGGCCAGUACGGGACCUCACAGGCCCGCAGCUCGAAGCGCUACUCAGCCACGCGCUCUGCCUGGAGCGGGAUAUACUGCAGCCUCCUGAACGACGGUCUCUCCACAUCGUCCCCCUGCACCAGAAGCGAUCAGUGACAUGGGUCAAGCUCGUUCGCGCGCAAUGGCUCGUCGUAGCCGCCUCCGACGCCAGCGUCAGCGUGCUUUCCAUCUGGUCGCUUGCGUCGCUGCUGGACAGCCGAGGCAGCCAGGGCCUUCUGUCGGAAAUCCAUCUUUCUGGCCCCGUUCGAGGAGCAAUCCUGGACCUGGCAGACGACCGAGAUGGCCGGGACGACCAAGUGAUAGUAGCGCUCGACAUAUGCUCCCCGCAGCCGUCUAUACAGGUUUUCCAGCUAUUCGGCGACGGGGCCGGGGUUCCGACAUUCUCUCAUCUGGUGACUCUGGAUGACGCUGCCCAUCUCCGCGCGUUACGGGGCGCCACCAUAUGUUUCGCCCUGCAUCACGAACUGAGCGUCCCAUGCGUCUGGGACUGGCAGAGAAACGUCGUGGUUCGCCUGUGCGACCAGCCCGAUCCUUUGGGCGGAUGCAUGGCAAUGGAUAUAUGGGAUAAUUUCGUCGCUGUCGUCACGCCCGAACGACUGCAGCUAUUCAACACUCUGAACGACACGGAAAUGGCCGUGCGGAAGACCCUGCUAGAGUUCCGUGGCGAAGUCAGCUUUGCCGACGUCGUCUUCUCCAGCCGGCCCUCCGACGGAGCAACAGACGGCACGGGCGCGAGCACCCCCAUGAUCCACCUCUGCAUCUGCGACUACCUCGGGCUGCACGUCUUCCGCCUCCUGGACGUCUCCAGCGAGCUCCAGCACUUCUACGACGUGCGGCGGUGGUCCUCGCCGCUCCCGCUCGUCGCCGACCCCGCGUUCAUGCCGUACGAGGUCGCCCCGCGCUUCGGGCCCGGCUGCACCUCCGUCUCGUGGAUCAACGCGUUCGAGGUCGGCAAGGGCGCGUACACGUUCGCGAACGGCAGGCUGCCUGCGGUGGGCGCGCGCGCGCCGCGGUGGCAGCGCACCCCGGACGACGGGCCCUGCUUCCGCCUCGCCGCGCCGCACAUGCCCGCGCUCUACUUCCACGCCGUGCGCGACCUCGACGAGGCGCUCGGGCUCCUCGUGGCCGGGAACGCGUUCGGCGAGUUGGUGCUGUGCCGGUUCGGUGGGUCUGCCCUGCGGGAGCUCGAUGGCUGCUUCCAGGAGGUGCGGCUGCCCACCAUCAAGAACGGUUUGCCGUUCCAGACCACAACGCAGUCAACACCGGCCCCGCCUUUCCCGUACGCCGGCCCCCACCGCCUCUCCGACGCCUCGGCCCAGACGCUCCUCGCCACAUGGAAGGCCCACCCACCCGCGCAACGCGCCAACGACGACGCCGCCCACGACUGGCAGACGCCCGCCUCCCUCGCGCCGCCGCUCGACCCGCUCUGGCACGACCUCUUCCUCGCCCGCCACGGGCGCGCGGCGCGCCUGCUGCACGCGCGGCACUACCUCGGCACGCCCGUGCCGCUGCUCUUCGACCGCGCGCGCACGCGCGUCGUGCUCAGCGUCGGCGGCGUCCGCUUCGUGUGGUGCCCGCAUCACGACCACGAUGGUGACGCGC